AUGCCUUUAUCGAGUAGCAGGUCGUCUAUUCUUACAUAUCUGGCGCUGGUGCUGUUGGAUUUUUACUGGGAAGCGGUGUCUGGGCAGCUCUCCUACUCCGUUUCAGAGGAGGUAACCCCGGGAACUAAUGUUGGAAACAUCGCCAGAGAUUUAAACCUCAACGUGCAGGAUUUGGAGUCCCGUUCGUUUCAGAUUGUUACAGGAUCUAAGAGGAAAUACUUCGAGGUAAAUCUAAAGAAUGGAUUUCUAUAUGUCAAUGAGAGGAUAGACCGCGAGGAGCUUUGUACGGAUGAGCCCAAAUGCACUGUUAGCGUAGAGGCUGUCAUAAACAACCCAUUAAAGCUUUACCGCGUAGAGAUAGAAAUAAGAGAUGUGAAUGACCAUUCCCCGUCGUUUAACACAAAAUCACAAGCACUGGACAUCGCAGAGAACACCUUGCCUGGAUUUAGAUUCUCUUUAUCGGAGGCAAGUGAUGCCGACGUGGGUAAAAAUGCUGUUAGUGCCUAUAGGCUGAGUCCAAACGAAUAUUUCAGUCUUGCGACACACAAGAGAGGAGAGAGUGUAUCACCGGAGUUAGUGCUGCAGAAAGCUCUAGACCGGGAGAAACAGCCAAGUAUACAGCUCCUGUUAACUGCGGUAGACGGCGGAUCUCAACCAAAUUCAGGAACGUCAGAAAUACACAUCAAUGUACUUGAUAAUAAUGAUAACGCACCAUUGUUCAGCAGUACUCUUUAUAAAGUUAAAACGUUUGAAAAUACCCCGAUUGGCGCUGCAAUCUUCACUUUAAAUGCCACCGAUGCUGAUGAAGGCACAAAUAGUGAAAUAGUAUAUUCUCUUCGCAGUAAGGAUCAGGACCAUAUACUGGAUAUUUUCAAAAUUGACCCUGACACAGGGGUCAUUACAGUUAAAGGCAAAAUAGACUAUGAGGAAAGAAAGGCUUUCGAGAUCCGGGCAGAAGCCAGGGACAAAGGCCAGCCUCCUAUGUCUGCUCAUAGUAAAGUGCUGGUAGAAAUAAUAGAUGUAAACGACAACGCUCCUGAAAUCACUGUGACGUCACUGCUCAAUAAAGUAAAUGAGGACGCGGGUCAAGGUACUGCUAUUGCACUUGUUUCUGUCCUAGACAGAGACAGUGGCAAAAAUGGUGAAGUGAAAUGUGAGAUUUUAAACACGGUUCCGUUCAAAUUGGAGACUAAUUACAAAAACUACUUUUCUCUUGUGGUUGAUGGACAUCUAGACAGAGAAGAAACUCAGCAGUACAAUGUGACAAUAUCAGCUACUGAUGAAGGGAGUCCUCCUCUUUCGAACACAACUGUUCUUACUAUUUAUGUUUCUGAUGUUAAUGACAAUGCGCCAUAUUUCCAAGAGCCUGUGAUUAAUGUAUAUGUAAAAGAAAACAGCAAAGUAGGCACAGUUAUCAAAACUGUGACUGCAAUCGAUGCUGACAUCAGCAACAAUGGUCAGGUGAGCUAUUCCCUUUUAGACAAUAAUGACAAACCACUGCCACUUACCACAAUGAUUAACAUCAACUCAGAGACAGGAGACAUAGUCAGCCUGCAGUCUUUUAACUAUGAGCAGAUGAAAACCUUUCAGUUUAAAGUCCAGGCCACAGACUCUGGUGUUCCUCCGCUCAGCACCAACGUGACUGUCAACGUUUUCAUCCUGGAUGACAAUGACAACAGUCCCUCGAUUCUCGCGCCCUAUUCUGAGCACGGCUCCGUUAACACUGAGAGCAUCCCCUAUUCUGCUGAAGCGGGAUACUUUGUGGCAAAGAUCAGGGCUGUAGACGCUGACUCGGGAUACAAUGCGCUGCUUUCUUAUCACCUCUCUGAGCCCAAAGGAAACAACCUCUUCCGGAUCGGAACCAGCACCGGGGAAAUCAGGACUAAGAGGAGGAUGAGUGACAACGACCUGAAAACUCACCCCUUGGUGGUGCUGGUCUCUGAUAACGGAGAACCCUCCCUGUCAGCUACUGUGUCUAUUGAUGUCACGGUGGUUGAAAGCUCAGCUGACAUCCAGACUCAGUUCAGACAUGUACCCAUAAAGGAGGACAGCUUCUCGGAUCUAAACCUGUACCUGCUGAUUGCCAUCGUGUCGGUGUCAGUCAUCUUCCUACUGAGCCUCAUCAGUUUAAUAGCUGUCAAAUGCCACAGGACAGACGGCAGUUUCAGCAGGUACAGCGCCCCCAUGAUCACCACCCACCCUGACGGGAGCUGGUCUUACUCUAAAUCUACUCAGCAGUAUGACGUCUGCUUCAGCUCAGACACGCUCAAGAGUGACGUAGUGGUUUUCCCCGCAGCGUUUCCACCUGUAGACGCGGAGCUGAUCAGUAUUAACGGAGGAGACACGUUUACCAGGACUCAGACUUUACCUAAUCAUGAAAAGGUAGGAACAUAA